AGGUGACGCUGCGGGGCGGGCGGACAGACUGCGGGGCGACGGCGGACGUAGGGAUAGGGACGCGGUUUUAGGUCAGGCCCCACCGACCUGAUCCCCGCCGUCGUAGCUGCCAUGGCGGGGCUAGUGCUGCUCUACUCCGGAGUCUUCGUGGCCUUCUGGGCCUGCAUGAUCGUCGUGGGAAUCUGCUACACCAUUUUUGACCUGGGCUUCCGUUUUGACGUGGCAUGGUUCCUGACUGAAACAUCCCCCUUCAUGUGGUCAAAUCUGGGCAUUGGCCUGGCUAUCUCCUUGUCUGUCGUUGGAGCAGCAUGGGGCAUCUAUAUUACUGGCUCUUCCAUCAUUGGAGGAGGGGUGAAGGCCCCUAGGAUCAAGACUAAGAACCUGGUCAGUAUCAUCUUCUGUGAGGCUGUGGCCAUCUAUGGCAUCAUCAUGGCAAUUGUCAUUAGCAACAUGGCUGAGCCUUUCAGAGCCACUGACCCCAAGGCCAUUGGUCAUCGAAACUACCAUGCAGGCUACUCCAUGUUUGGGGCUGGCCUUACUGUGGGCCUCUCUAACCUCUUCUGUGGCGUCUGUGUGGGUAUCGUGGGCAGUGGAGCAGCCCUGGCUGAUGCACAGAACCCAAGCCUCUUUGUGAAGAUUCUCAUCGUGGAGAUCUUUGGCAGUGCCAUUGGACUGUUUGGGGUCAUUGUUGCAAUCCUUCAGACUUCCAGAGUCAAGAUGGGUGACUAGAUCAUCUGUGGAGAGGGCCAUGCCCCACACUUAUUUAUUUGUGGCUUUCCUGGGAGAGCUGGAGUUGUGCCCCUUUGCCUUUCAGGGGGCUUGGUGUUCAGGGCCCUCCCUGCACCCACUCUUGCUGCCUGUUGACUUGGAGGCACUGCCUGGCUGAUCAUCAUUGUGGGAAGUGGUCCACUGAUGACUGCAGCUUGUGCACCUAUGUCCCUCCCCACACCUUCACCACUUUUUCCUAGUGUUUGUGAAAUAAACAUGUUAUUUGUCUCGGUCA